AUGGAAAAAGACAUAAACAUGUUCCAUUUAAUAGAACAUGAUGUUUCUUUUUAUCAGAAUGAAACUGAAUCUAGGGAAAUAAAUAAUGAAUUUGCAGUUUUGAUACCAGAAGAAGAUCUUAUGGCUUCGAUGAGUCUUAAUCAAGAACAACAACAUGCAUAUGAAUCAAUUUUACAGAAAGUCCUUCUAAAUGAAUCUGCUGCAUUCUUCAUUGAUGGUCCUGGUGGAACAGGGAAAACAUUCUUAUAUAAAGCACUUCUCGCUAUAGUGAGAUCAAGAAACUUAAUUGCUCUUGCAACUGCAUCGUCUGGUGUUGCUGCAUCUAUUUUACCUGGGGGUCGAACAGCACAUUCACGCUUCAAAAUUCCAUUAGAUCUUGACAAAAAUAGUACUUGUUGUGUAAGCAAACAAGGUGCUCUUGCCAAAUUGUUACGUCUUGCAAAGUUAAUCAUAUGA